ACAGCUAAUCACUUACUCGGGCGCCACAACCCACAACAAUGGAGUUCCUCAUGCUCCUGGCCGUCCUCUUGUGCCUCGUAGCCGGAAUGGUCUUCCACACUAGGCGAGCCCAUGCCCAGGCAACCAUCCACCACGUCGCUGACCCCGCUGUUGCUCACCGAGCGCUCAUCGAGAACGCCGACGACCUCCUAAACCGGCCGGCGGCAAUCUUCCCCGUCGCCCUCGCCACCUGGUCCAAUGGCGAGCGGAAUGACAACAUAGCCACCGUGAACCACGGCCCGCAUUGGCGAGUGCUCCGGUGCAACCUCACCGCCGAGGUCCUCUCACGUCUCGGUUCCCUCGCCCCACUGCACGAGGAGGCCGCCCAGGCCCUCGUCGCAGACUUCUCCGCCCGAGUCCUCGGCGGCGGUGAGGUGGCCGUCCGUGAGCCCGUCACCACGGCUGUGUUCGCGCUGGCCGCGCGCCUCUGCUUCGGCGACUUUGUCGACGACCGCCACAAAAGCGCCAUGGGCCGCGUGAUACGGGACUCCAUUGUCCUCGCUGGGGAGCUCAACCCUAGGUUCGAUGGAUCGAUGCUAUCCAAGAUGGCAAACUGCAGGGGGUUUCGCCGGAUCUCCGCCUUACUCGACCGGCAGGUCGAGCUGUACCUCCCUUUGAUCGCGGCACGGAGGCAGGCGCGGUCUCAGCUCUGCGGCGGCAUCAUCCGUCCUUACGUCGACACGCUCCUUGAUCUCCGUGUCCCGGACAGCAAUGGCGCCGGGCGUCCUCUUCGAGACGGCGAGCUGGUGGGCCUCGUGUUCGAGUUCCUUGGCACAGCCACGGGGUCAACCGCAGCCUGUCUCGAGUGGACCCUCGCCCACCUCAUCGACCAGCCGGAGGUCCAGGACAAGCUGCGGCGCGAGAUCAAUGCCGAGGCCGACGGCGGCGGGAUGCUCUCAAUCUCAAGCAAAAGCAUCCGCAGCGGCAUGCCGUAUCUGAAUGCGGUGGUGCUGGAGAGCCUCCGCAUGCACCCGCCGGUGCCGUUCAUCAUGCGCAGCGCCCACGGCGAGGGCGCCACAGCAAUCGGUGGGGCGACCGCUGUGCCGGUGGACGGCCUGAGCGUGCGGUUCGAUUUAGGUGGCAUCGGGAGAGACGGGAAGUCGUGGACCGAUCCCGACAAGUUCCGGCCGGAGCGGUUCCUUGCCGGAGGCGAGGCGGAGGACGUCGGCCCGGCGCCAGGCCCGAAGGAGAUAAGGAUGAUGCCGUUCGGUGCCGGGCACAGGCACUGCCCCGGCGUGAACAUGGGGAUGCUGCACAUCAAGUGCUUCCUGGCCGCGCUCCUGCACGGGUUCGACUGGGCGCCGGCGGGAGACUGCAGCGGCGGGGUCGACAUGACGGAGCUGGACGGCUUCGUGAAGAUAAUGGAGCAGCCGCUUUCCGCGCGUGUCACGCGACGCACUUGAUGUCUUGGUGAAUCCUGGUGUGGCGUUUACGUUUGUCCAUUUCUCAUGCACGUGUGAUUCUAGUUGCAUCAAAUAAUAACAAAUCGUCUCUCGUUUUCUCUUUGUAGCAUCGACCAAGCCAUGAAUAAAACUGUUUUUAACUUUGUUUUUA